UCGACUUCUCCAGGAUGGGGAGGGAGAGAAAUUUGCUCUUCAUUCUUCGUUCAACCUCUACCUUCCUUUCUGUCCUGUCAUUGAUGACUGUGAGUGCAGGAGUCUUCCUCUUCAUCCCCCUUUGCGACUGACGCCAGCAACCUCCUUCCUUUCUCAAGCUGGCUCAUGUCUGAACUGGGGGAGAGUAAGAGAAAAUCUGUUACCCUCUUCCUCCUCUUUGUAGAUUGCUGCUGCUGUAGGUAAAUACGGGAGCUCCGUUCAUCACUCAAAUCCUUGCUCUGGGUUCCUCAAUGUUUUACUAUGGAAGUUAGCUCGUUGUUGUAAGAGGUUCAGAUUGAGACUGUCGCUCUUCCCUUGCACCACCGUUGUUCUUCUCUUGCCUCUACCAUUGGGUCUCUUAUUCAUCAUCUUAACUUUCUUCAGCCUUGCUGCUUUGUAUGUUCGAAUGGGGAGAGAGAAGUUCAAGCAAGUUGACAUAUUGGUCUUUUGAGAACUUAAGGACAAAGCAUUGUUCUUAGAAGAUUUGUUUGGAAGUAAGUUAUACAGUUGGAAGCUCUACAGGUAAGUGAAUAACAUCUCAAUUAAUUAAUAUAUUUGAAAAUUUAUUUUAAAUAUUACUUGUAACAAUUUAUAGUUAUUAAUAUAUUUUCUGGUACUGAUUACUUUUAUUAAUUAAAUUACUGCAACUCUUAGAAUUAUGACAAGGACAUGUAUUUUCCUUAUGAAUUAUAUUCUUGAGAUUGAUGAAAUUACUUUGAUUAGUUUUGAAAAUUUUGGUUACUAAAUAAAUGCAAGAAAGGACAUUUAUUUUGAUAAGUAUUGAAUUGAUGCUUGGAAUAAUUCAUACGAGUUUAGUAUUGAAAAUAAAAAUUUUAUUUUAGAAAUGACUAUUUCCUCACAUGUUUGAAAAUGUAUUUCUAAGAGGACUAUAAAUAGAAUACUGUUGCUAACAACAGUUCCGUUAGCCCUUGGUAUGCUUUAGUAAAUAACUAGCUAGUUUGAUUUUUUUGAACUCUGUUCUCACGUUUGUUAUUCAUAGGUCUCAUACUCACAUUUGUUUUUGUGACUUUGGUGUCGCAUUUGGUUAGUAUUUGUAACAUCCUAAAUUUCUUAAUCCUAUGUGUGAACACUGUAUUUUGUCCAGGCUUUUUCUAAAUUUAACAAAAAUAAAAAUAAAUAACCAAAAAAAUAUAAAAAUACAAAAAAUAAAAUUUAAUCCUUUUUAGGAUUAUAUUUUAACAAAAAAAAUCUUGUUUAAAUCAUUUAAAAUCUCUCUCUAAAUUAUUCCAAUCAUUCAAAAAUAUUGGAGAGUUAACUUUUGAGAGUUAAUUUUCUUUCUUUUUAAUCUUGUUAUUUUUCAAAAAAAAAAGAGAGAAAAAUAUUCUAGUUUAACUCAAAAUUAGUUUUCUUCUUUUUUUUUUCUUUUUUUUUGUCCCCUUAAUCUAAUUUUUGAAGUUAAUAAAUAAAAAAAAAAAGAAAAAAAAGAGCAGAACAUGCAUGUUGCAUGAGCUGAAGAGAGGAAAUGAGAAAAGAAGUAGACUGCUAGACACACGCAAAGAAAAAGGAGCAGAAACAACACACACGAAACACAUAGAAAAAGCAAAGCCACACAAGAGCAGAAGAUACACAAAAGCACAUGAAAAAUAGGAGAGAGACAUGCACGUUAUAGUAAAAAAGAAGAGCAAAAUUGAGAGAGGGAGAGCAGACUUGCAGAUGAAAAACACAGAACAGACGUAACAACAGAACAGACCUGAACUUUCGGCCAGAGAUGCAGAAGCAGAGAGCAGAAUAGAAACAAAAAAAAAAAAAGCUUCACUUGGCAGCAGACUCACGUACGAAGAAGCAAAGGAAAUAGAGGUGGAGACGCACGCAUGCAGAUGGCAGUGGAAAAGAAGAGAAAAAGAGAGAAAAAGAUAGCAAAAGGAAACACGUUCGGCCACACGCAGAGGGGAAAUGAGAGAAGACCACACGCAAGCUCUGAAAAGAGAAAGCUCUUCCCCGCUUGUGUUUGGAAGGAGAUGAACGAAUGAGAGAGAAGAGGAAAAAAGACGAACACAGCAGACAAAAAAAUAUAUAUACUCUUAUCUACGCCAGUCACGAAGGAGGAUUGAGUAGAGCAAAGGAAGCCACAGGGAGGAUCUGAAGUCAUAGACUCGCGGAGGCAGAGAAAAUAGAUAAAGGGACAGCAUCCUGAGAUCCUUUCGGUAGCAGAGAGAAGAGAGGAGGAGCGAGGAUGAACAAAAAAAAAGGAAGAAAAACAGAGUAUGGAGACCGCACGCACACAGGUAGAGAAAGGAGGAGAGUUUGCACGUAGAAAAAGGGACUGAGAGAGUUAGAAUGAAGGAGAGGGAGAUGGAGAAUAAAUUGGAGAAACAAGAGAGGUCGAUGGGAGAGAGAGCAGUGGCAGAAAUAGAAGAAAAAAAACAAAACACAGUGGCACCACUCAAACCGAACGAAAACGGAGGGAGGACCUGUCACUUUGCUUCAGACAUUGUUAGGAAGUCUGAACAGAGACCGAGACCGAGGAAGAAGGCACGAAUGAGGGAGAAGGGGGGUGACACACGAAUGAUGGAGGCUGGUUCAGUUCAACCAUUCGUUAGAAUCUGGGGCUUCAUCGAUGUUGAACGAUUUGGCAUUGUGCAGAAAUUGCAAAGAGAUUCCAGAUCAAGAUAUUACCUGCUAUACUGUCUUGAAGGGGAAGAGAAGUGAGGAGAUGAAGGUGGUCGUGAAGUCGAAAUCUACCAAAUCAAUACAAGCACAUUUGUUUCGACGUUUGCAGAUUUCAGGGAUCAAAGCACCUUGCAGUCUCCGAUUCAAUGGCAUUGGAUGUCAAUAAAAUUGCCAAUGAAAUAAUGCAACACAUCAACAACGUAAGAGUUGACGUUGAGCCAUCUCCAAAGCAAGCUUCUAUCUUUAAAGUUCCUGAAGAUCUUAGAAGUGGAUCUGAGGAUGCCUAUACUCCUUCUUUGAUUUCAAUUGGCCCAAUCCAUCAUGACAAAGAAAAAUUGAAGCCAAUGGAAGGGGAAAAAUCCAAGUAUCUUAAAUAUUUCCUUCAACGUCGAUCAUCAGAGGGUCAAGUGCAACAUUACUUAGAGAUCUAUUUGGCCAUGAUUUACUUAAAGGAAGAUGAAAUACGAAGUUAUUAUUCAGAUACAUUCCCUAUGGACAAGGCAGAGUUUGUGCGGAUGAUAUUAUUUGAUGCCAUCUUCAUCACAGAGCUCUUUCUACGAAAACAAAAAGGACAUGAAUUCCAUGAUGAUCCCUUGUUUACCAGAACAAGGAUUAAAAAGACCAUUGAGCGAGAUUUGCUACUAAUUGAAAACCAGAUUCCAUAUUUUGUCUUGGAUGACUUGUACCAUCUUAUACCUUGGAAUACAAGUGAAGGACAUUCAAGUUUUAUGGAGCUUUCGCGCAACUACUUUAAGAGAUACGAUCCAUUUCCUCAUAAGUCUAUAACUGACAUUAACAAAGGCAAUAUGUUAAAGCAAGGAUGGGAAAAGCCAAAUCAUUUCACAGAUUUGAUUAGACAUCUUUUCGUUCCUCAAGAUUUGUGCCGUGACGAUGAUCUUGCUCCUAUUAUAAAGACUGCAACAAGAUUAAGAAAGGCAGGGAUAACUUUUGAGUCAGUUUCAGAGAGGUGCUUACUUGAUAUUAGGUUUGAAAAAAAUGCAGUUACAAAUUGCCUAAGUUGGUUUCUUUGUUGCUCAAGAUGUCUUAGGGCUCGGAUGCAAAUCCCAAAACUUGUUGUAGAUGGCUCAACAGAAUCUAUUAUACGCAAUCUCAUGGCCUUCGAGCAAUGCUACUAUCCAAACCACCAUUAUGUUUGCAACUAUGUUGCCCUGAUUGCCUAUCUCAUUCACAAUGAACAAGAUGUGAAUGUAUUGGUUGAGGAUGAAGUGAUUGAACAUGAAAUGGGAAGUGAUGAAAAAUUGGCAAGCUUGAUCACUACUCUUUGCAAAAAUAUUGUUAUAAAUUCCUCUUGCUAUGCCUCUCUCUCAAAGAAAAUGGAUGAAUACUACCACAACCCUUUUAACAAUAACUGUGCGGCAUUAAGGUUGGUAUACUUUCGAAAUCUUUGGAGAAGCAUUGGCACAGUUGUUGGCAUUGUUGUUUUCAUUAUUUUUGGUUUUGUUGCCUUCUAUAAAAACAUGAAAGAUUUACUGAAACAUUAA